AUGGCAACAGACACUGAAAGUGGGCCAAGCAGCACGGAACAGCUUGGCCCUGAUGGGCGGCCAAAGAGGGUAUACAAGGAUACCCCCUUUGACCUGGCAUUUAUCCAAGUGUGCCGGCAGGCUUACGGAAAGCUGGCUCAGUGGCAGUCCCCUCGUAGCUACGAGGAUGGCUACCGCGGCAUGGUCGACGUUUCGCUGGCCCUGAUGCGCAGCCGGCCAAAUGUAAAGGAACAGAGGGCAGCAAUUCUACAGGGCUUUCCCAAGGUCCCCCAGUGGUUCCGGAAAGCGUUCCCGUACUCGAACUGGGGGGCGGAGCUGAACGCCAGGAUCACGCCCGCGUUCUUCACAUGGCUUGUCGGUCCAAUGGAGAUCUUCGAGGUUGAGAUCGACGGCGUGAAGCAGCGGAGCGGCGUGCAGAUCGAGCGGUGCCGGUAUUUGGAGGAGAGCGGCUGCACGGGCAUGUGCGUUAACCUGUGCAAGUUCCCUACGCAGACCUUCUUCACUGAGGAGCUCGGGAUGCCGCUUUCCAUGGAACCAAAAUUUGAAGACCUGAGUUGCCAAAUGAUCUUUGGCAAGAAGCCACCAGAUAUUGAAGACGACGAAGUCAUGAAACAGCCCUGCUUCGCUCUCUGUCCAACCGCAAAUGUACAAGCUCCCGCCUGUCCUAAAUUGCGGUGAGGGUUCUGUUAGUUCCCGGGAAAAGGAGAGCUCUGUCCACAAGCGGGGAGAAAGGCUAUGAACCCUUUAUUAGUGAGUUGCUUUCAUGAAUUGGAAGCUACCAGUAAUGGUGCUUCAGAGGCAGAAAGGGUGGAAGGACCAUUACGUAAUAUGCCGCCUUUCCAGGUGUUGGGUUAGUUGGAUAAAUCCAGGUACACGUAUUGACUGCAAGCAGGCUCGAUGGACCGGCAGCUUUCAUUGCAGAACUGCCGGGAGUUGUAUACUUCCUGAAACGUCCGGUCAGCAGAUCGCAACUCGAAGUCGACAAGACAGAGGUUCUCGACAGUAUGCAGUCGCGCAUUACAAUUGUCUGAGUCUGACCGUCAGGAGAUCAAAAUGCC